AAAAUGAAUUCGAAAUCCGUUUUUAUUUUUUGUCUCUUUUUUGUGUUUAGCGAACAAUCGUUUGAUGCGAACCAAGCCAUGGACUACGAGGAGGACUUCCGGCGUCCGAACAGCGUUUCCGGUUCUGCGACUGCGCUGUUGAGACGUCCGCCGAAGAAAUCGAUUUACAUUUCUCCCGAUUUGGACGACAUUCUGGACCAACAGUCGCACGACGUCUACCACGACGUGGUC